GAUAGAGACAUAUCUUCUGAUCAAAAAAAAAAAAAAAGAUAGAGACAUAUCUUCAUUUAUGUACAUGCAAGCUAGUUGUAUAUAUAUCACUGUGUUUUCCAGUUCCUUCACAACUCUGCAAGUGUAUAGAGAUUCUCUCCUCCUUCUCUCUCUCUCUGUGGCCAAGUUUCUUGCUUUCUCUCUAAAAAGACUUCUUUUCUUUUCAUUUGGGCUUAUUAAAUGCGAAACUUGAUCUGCAUUUAAGGAACAUUUUUGUGGUUCUUUAAAUUGGCCUCUCUCAUUCAUUCGCCUAAUCCUCAAACUUUUCCAAUAAAAACCCAAGCAAGAGAUCAAACAUGUUCGACGGGCUAUUGAAAAGCAAGUUCUACUCAAAAUGCAAGACAGCAAUCAAGCUAACGAAGACACGAAUCGAGAUGAUAAAGAGGAAGAGAAACGCAAUGCAGAAGUACCUGAGGAAUGAUAUCGCCGAUCUUCUUAGAAACGGGCUUGACAUCAAUGCCUAUGGCAGGGCUGAAGGGCUUCUGGUUGAGCUGAACAUGUCAGCCUGCUAUGAUUUCAUCGACCAAUUUUGUGGGCUUAUCUCAAAUAAUGUUUCCCUAAUGAAUAAACAAAGGGAAUGCCAGGAGGAAUGCAAAGAAGCAGUAUCGUCUCUGAUGUUUGCAGCAGCACGAUUCGCUGAUAUGCCAGAAUUGCGUGAGCUCAGAAGUGUAUUUGCUGACAGAUACGGGAAUUCCAUCGAAGCUAACGUCAACACAGAAUUUGUUGAGAAGCUGAAGGCUACGCCUCCUACAAAGGACGUGAAGCUUCAACUACUCCUGGAGAUAGCGCUCGAGUCUGAUUUACAAUGGGAUUCCAAGGCUUUGGAACAGAAGCUCUAUAAUCCGCCAGCGUCUGAACAAACCCGGUCUAAGAAUAAAAGCGUUGAGAAAUACAACGAGGAACCUGUCAGAAAGACAGACAAACAGGUUUCCAAGAAUAAGCAGCAAAAUGUGAGGGAUUCUGCUCCAAAAGGGAACAAGGAGGAUUUUCCAUCUUAUGGAAGAAAGCAAGUUGGUGAUGAUAUUCGAGGGGGAAGUAUAGACCAAAAAGACCGACAGACAAGUUCGAAUUCAGAAAGCAAUGUUGCUCAGGGAACAAUCGAUGAUGACAACAAAGCCUUCUUCAACAGAUUUACUCCCCCUCCUUACACCAAACCAAUAACUGGUGAAACUGAAAAAGACAGUUCCGAGGCUUCUUCAGGUGAUCACCCGGAGGAUAAUCAUCAUCGCGAUGAUUCAGUUGGCGAAGAAACUGAUAAGCCAAAACCAAGAUCAGUUCGAAGGAGACCUUUGAAACCUCCAGCAGAUCAUGGCACGAGGCGAGACCCUGCCAAACAAGGCCUUGAAAACGAAAACAUGGGCGGUCAAGGUCAAAAGGACGAGGAGGAGAGGGCAAUAGACAGGCUCUUGAUGCAUUACAGUAGGAAAAAUGCGCCUUAUGUGGUGGACAAAGCAAAAGCAGAUAUAAAGCCGCCUCAUUUGCAACAAUCCAGAGCGGACAUCAGCGACAAUCCCUCAAGGAGCAGAACCAAAGAUGGUCUUCCGGUUCGAGCAGCGUCUCUCCCUCUCGAGCCAAUGAGCCCGGUUGAGAAGGGUAAAGGACACGUUCGGGCAUCUUCGUAUGAACCGGCUGCUGCUGGGCCUGUGCAUCCUAAGCUUCCAGAUUAUGACGACUUUGUUGCAAGGCUAGCUGCUUUUAGAGGGAAGUAAAAGGUCAAGCUAAUAAGUAACCAUUAUAAUUAACUUAUAAGCUGUAGAUUCCCCUCUUCUUUUCACAGUAGUAGUAUUUUUUCAUUCUUGACACAGUUUGUGUCCACCACUAUGUUCUUCUCCACAUUUGUAUGAUUCUUUGCUGGAUUCUUUGUUCAUAUGUUUCAGGAAUAUUUGUAGAAAACUGUAUAUGUGAUACAUUCUUUUAGUUGAA